AAAGGCACUUUACUAACUACCAGACAAGGUGGAAAACACACACAGACAAGUAUGGCUGUAAGCAUUAUUUCCGUGCUAUGUGUCACAGUAUGCAUUUCCCAUAUUUCCUCUGUCGUGUCCUUCGACCAACUGUCCGAUCUACAGAUAGCCACACAUCCCAAAUACUUGUACACGUGCGGUGAUAAAGGAUUGUCGCUCGGGAAGGUCACCAAGCAACAAGAGGAGCAGAACAUCAUCUCCCUUAUUGAUUGUUUAGGCAACGGUGGAAUAAAAAAAAUGGCCCCAACAAUGAAACAGGAAAAGGUGAAUCAAUUCAACGAAGUGUUACGGCAGAUGAAGACAGGUCAUUGGAGACUGAAACGGCAAGUAUCUAACGAAGCACAGCCUCGAAGAGAAGUGAGAAUGCUUUCACCGGCGGAAUGGCAUAUUCUUAUAACGCGUUUUAAUGGAUUGAGGGAGAGUGGAUUCUACAGGACUAUCUUGGAAUUCUUCUCGGACGAGAGCAUUGCUGGGACUAAUGGUGGACCUGCUUUCCUUGGCUGGCAUCGCGUCAUUUUAUUGUGGUUGGAGUUUUAUCUCCAUGUUCCCAUUCCGUACUGGGACUGUUCUUUAGAUUUCCACAUAACAAACCCGACCAAGUCCAUACUAUGGACAAAAGAGCUGUUCGGAAAUGGAGAGGGAACUGUUAGAAUAGGUCCAUUCAUGAAUUUUACUGAGCCGGAUGGAACUCCCAUAAGGAGACGUAUUGGACAGGGGGGUUCUCUAAUUGCCCGGGAAAACAUCGACUCGUUGUUGAGUAGGAAAAGCAACCGAGAGCUGGUAUACACUACUAGCAUAGCCCUGGAGGAGUACCACAAUGGUGUACAGGCCUGGGUGGGAGGCAGCAUGGGAGAACUGCUGACGGCUCCCGCUGACCCUAUCUACUUCUUCCAUCAGUGUUUCAUAGAUAAAUUAUGGGAGGAUAUUCGUCAAAACAUGCAAAACGCUGAAAGUUACCCGUACGAUCCAACCAUUACUGAUGCUCUACAGAACCCGGAAAAGAUUCUGGUAAAGUUCCCGUUUGACAGUCGAUAUCCUUUGGUGAACAGUGACGCCUACACUAAACACGUGUCUGUACGUGCGCAUUAUGACAACUCCCCUGCCCAGGCCACACAGCCCUGGCAGUGUCACAACCCCGCGUGGAAACACAAACGUGUGCUUGCGUGGGACCCUGACCGACAGUACUGUGUCACUGCACAAGGCACUGAGCAAGAUUUCCAUGUCAUUCCAGAUUUUCAAACAAGUGCCAAAAUAGUCGCAUCCACAUUAAAUUCACCAAUGAAUUUCCCGAUUGGCUCACCUCUGUAUUCACCAUUACCAAAGACGCCGAAAAUUAAAUAUGUAGCACCGUUAAAAGACAUGCGGACCAUAUAUCGUGCUAGCGAGUCUAUGAAAAAGAUGAAAGAAGCUCCAAAGAUGAUUUCUACUUUAUUGGGAGCACUUUCAGAUCGGCUUCAACCUACUGAAGCCAAUCAGAACAGCGCUAUGGCAUCAGACCCUUUCCCCAUCCCACAACAGUCAACUAUCAACAUUAACAAUAAUGCAGGCCAGACUCCGCCAAUGAUAGAUAACCAGGCCAUGCCCUUUGGACUAAGUUCUCGGGUGAAGACGUUUCAGUCUCCUGUACAUCAACAGAGAUUUCACUCACCUAUGUAUACAUCGCUCGCCGCCUCCCCUCCACAAUCUACAUCAGACUUAUCAAGUCUGGUUUUCAAACUUUUUCAAUCUCCAACAUCGGUUCAGAGACAAACUCCGGCUUCUGCACCUAUUAUAAACUCCAAAUCCUACAAGACAUUUAUACCAACAAAUCAGGUGUCAAGAACCAUCGGUGUGUUAGAAUCUUUACUCGCUCGUCUUCGAUCCAUGCCCCAUUAACCUUCUCAAAUGACUCAUAAAGUCGCAUCGCAGGGAAAGUGUUACUAAUGGGUUCAGGUUAAGUUCAACUUUAUAAAUGCUUAUAUUGAGAAAAGAUGAAGCAAAUACAUAUACCUGUUCAGAUACAUUGCAAUCAGUUUGUCAUUUACAUUUAAACGAUUUGUUUACAUAUAAAAUGCUUAUUUUGCAAACUUGUCCUAGUGAUGAACCUAUAAUAUCAAAAUAAGUAGGCCAAGUGUAAGUCCCGCAGUCCACAGUGUUGAGAUGUACACGACCGUCCAGUUGGUGCUAAUAUAACAAUAUAUAUAUAGAUAACAACAUUCAAAGAUUAAAUGAUAUUUGUGUGGAUUUUGUCACAGGACAGGUGGUUGAGCCAGUCCCUACCUACCUGGCCCUAUAAUAUCAGAGCAAGUUAUCUUAACAUGACGCAUCACAUCUGUCAGAUGUGGUGAUGAUCACAUGAUUUCUAAACUAUUAUCACAGUAUAAGGGGAUUAAAUAAUGAAAAGGAUGAUGAAAAAUUCUCUUUUAAAUAAAAGUAAAGUGAAAGUACAAAAUAUUAACAAAUAACAAAUACAGUUGUUGGAUUGCACAACGUAACACCAUGCGUGCACGAGGUGCGAACGAUACAAAUCGGGAAGGCUAUUGCCUGCGCACGAUUACAAUCGUGGUUGGUGUAAAUUUAGGAAUGGCUUAACAAUGCAUGCGGUUUCUUGUUGAAACAUAUACACUUGCUUUUUAAGCACAUUUCUAUGUUAAAGCUGCAACUAUAAGCUCGUCUUUCUAGCAAUUUUCCUUAAUUUCGAAAUGGCGUUUUCUGUGAUUUAUAAACGACCCAAAUCGACACAUGUAAAAUAAAACACGCAUUGACACGGUCCCAUGUACUGUACCAGGGCCGUGGUUUACUACGUCCUGGGUACUUACGUAAAUGUCUAGAUGUGAACAUCCAGGUGAAUGGGGGCUAUAGAACAAAACGAAGCAAUUCAGACAUACCUAACACCCAGUUGUGUAUUCAUAAUGGUCAAACGGUCUCACAUAUCAGCUCUCUGUAUUAGGCACAGGCCAGGUAAAACUUCCAUCUCUCAACAAAAUGGUAUUUACCUGGAAACCAAACCCAUUCUUGACCGUCUAACUGUCACUGCAAUACUGUGUAACACGCACUGUAAAAUUGUACAUGAUCCUAUUUAUUGUGAUGAGGAGUUUUAUAAAGUGUGCCUUAUUUCA